UUGGGAAAUGCCUCCAACGCCUUCGCUUUUGCGGACAAGAGUUAUAAGGUUAGCGCCAAAGGUCUAGAGUUCUGCAUGGGCUUAGGAGUUGGGAUUGUUAACGGUAGAGAGGACGAGAAACUAGAAGCUGAUGAACGGGAUUCUGCUUUAAGGGAUGCAGAUGAAAUGGAGGAGGAGAAAAAGGAUUCUACCCAUCCGCCUAUUUAGCUUGAUCUUCUCCCUCCUGGUCCCGUCCCUCGUAACCUGCCUUCUUCUUUCCCCAACUGAAAACGGUAAUUCUGAGGCAGGUUCAUCAGGUCACCUAGGGGCAAUGGCGAGAGGGUUCGACAUCAAUUGGUUGCCCGCGGCAGAGGAUGUUAAUGAUGGGGCCGCAGUUUCUUCUCCCAAUGGUACUGUUUCUUCGGGAAAUGAAGUUGAGGUGGAGAGAGAGUCCUCAAGAGCCAGUGACAAGGAGAACGGCUUGACUAGGAAGAAGCUGAGACUCUCCAAAGAACAAUCAGCCUUUCUCGAAGAAACCUUCAAGGAACAUAAUAUUCUUAACCCGGUAAGUAGAAAUCCCGAGAGAGAGAGUGGAGGAACUCGGUGGUGACGGUAGAUUUGGCUCUCCAGUGAAAUUGUGACAUCUGGCACCUCAUGUAAACCA